UGGGGGCUGGCGGAGACAUGGGCAUAUCAUCAGGAUAGAAGGUGCAUGGCUACACAGUAGGCGACCGCCGCUGCACAAACAGAGACAUUACUGGAACAUUUUUAGCCACACUUCAAAUCAAGACUUUUGAGUGGGGUUAAGCGGAGAAACUGGGGCAUUAUUUGAACUCACAUCCCAAAGGAUAAAAGGAGAAAAGACUUCCCAUAUCAAAGGACUGUUCAAAGAAGAAGACUGUAUCCCCAUGCGGACUACUAAAAUGAAAAUGGCCCUUUUAUCCGAGAAGCACAAAUCCCUUUUCCCCCUCCUCCUCCUUUUCUAUGUCUCUCUCACCUGUCUAUGCCAGGCAACCAAUGGCAGCUCUACCAGUCCCACAAUCAACACCCCAACCACUUUCUCUCUCACCUCUAAUGUUACUUUCCUGAAGCGUGUGCCAGGCUGCGGCGUAGAACUGGAUCCCAUCUACAGGUACCUGUGUGACCGUCGGGCAGCAUGGGGGAUUGUAGUGGAGACCUUGGCCUCUUCAGGCUUCCUGUUAAGCAUGGGUCUCCUCUUAGGCCUGCUGCUCUGGUCCCUUUGCAUCUGUGUCUCAUCCCAGCAGCAACGCAGCAGUAUUGGCGGCACAGUGGCCUGCACGUCCAUUUUUUUGUUCGCCACAGCCGGGAUCUUUGCCAUCACCUUCUCCUUCAUCAUCCAGCUCACCCCUCAGACCUGCCCGACCAGGAUCUUCCUCUUCAACGUGCUCUUCUCUCUGGCCUUCUCCUGUCUGCUGGCUCGCUGCCUUGCCCUGCUGGGCUUCGCAGCUGCCCGGAGCUGGGGAGAGCCUGCCCUGGCCCUGGGGCUCUUCACUGUGCAGGUUAUCAUCUCCACAGAGUGGCUGAUCCUCGUGUUGGUCCGGGACAAGAAGCCCUGCGAGUACAGCCAGGAGGAAUUUGUCAUGCUGCAGAUCUACGUGCUGUGCCUCCUGGCUAUCAGCUUGAUCCUUUCACUGCACCUACUGUGCCGCUCCUGCUCCACAUACAGCUACAGCUACACAGGGCCUACCAAUCAGCAGGGGAGGAUGCAGGCCAUGGUGCUCUGUGUCACACUGCUGCUGUCCGCCUGCAUCUGGGUGGUGUGGAUCACUAUGCUCAUCAGGGGAAACCCUGAGGUGGGCCGCCGGCCACAGUGGGACGACCCAGUGAUUAGCAUUGCACUGGUAGCCAAUGGCUGGGUGUUACUGAUGGGGCACGGGUUGUCCCAGGUUGCCUUUCUCUGCAGGGGGGAAGCCAUGUCCAAGGAUAUCCCUUUGAGCUUCGCCGGCUGGACAAGCCCCAGUGCUGAUAUCCCAGGACUGGGCAGUCAGAAGGAGGGAAAAGAAAAUGGAAGCUUUGAGACUGAUGGUGAGAGGAGAGGCAGGAGAACUGAGCCGAGUCUGCGGUCGCCCUACGAGUCUGGAUUCUCCAUGACAGAAAUCGACCCUGACAAAGAUUACACCAUCCCUCGCCCUCAGACCACCAACUACAACGAACCUUAUGAUGAAUAUUAUGGACGUGAUUAAAAUCAAAUUCAUUUUCUGUCUGAUGAAACUAAUACCAAAGCCAAAGCUGAGGAUGACCCAACUCCUGCACUAAUCUGUACUUCAAGCACUUGGCACAAAAAAAAUAAUGUUUUUCUACUUUUCAUUUCCUUGUGCAAAUGUAAAUAUUUCUGCGUAGUGUUAUGAGAAAUGUUAUUUCUAAUCUGUCAGCAGGAUGUAAAAUCCUCCGUCCCACAGAGAAGAAAGAAAGAAAGAAAGAAAAAAAAAGAGUCAGCAGUGUGACUCAUCUGCUUGAGUUUCAUCAUGGAGGCUGGAUGGGUUCAGAUAGUCCAGCUUUCUGCUGGCGGGAAAUCCACAUCACAAAUACUUAGGGGAAGUGAAUCUUUAUGAUGGCGUGUGUGGUGUGCACAUUCUGUGCUAGCCUGAGAUGGUAUAUAAUAGCCCUGAGGUGACAGAGGAGGCGUGAAACUGUCACUCUGAAGGUGCCAAACUGCUGAGCGGAGCAGAGGCAUCUGUGAACGGUAGAGAGGAGGGAUGAAAGGAGGAGGAAUGAGAAAAGAGGAGAGAGAGAGAGAGA